AAAUGUUUUCUUCUGUUAUUCUUCAGUUUUGGCUAUUUUUCUCCAUCUUUUUUAGGCUAAGUUUUAUACAUGUCAUGUAUUGUGUAGUUGAUACUUGAUGUAUCGAAGCUCUGUGCUUAUGCACAGUCUUUUAUGUUUCUGCUAUUUAUAUAUUUCUCCGUUUUGUGCCCAGAGAGCUGCAAACACCGGUUGGGGCCCUCAAGAUAAAAGCUCGAGAUGGGGAAAUGACAAAUUUGAGGGUUCAAAAAAGAAAAAAAGUUUUGGCAUGCAGAAGGGAGCAGUUCAAGAAGGUUUUCGAUCAGCAAGGGGCAAUGAGAAGGCCUCAGAGAAAAGUGAUGGGAGAGACGGAAAGAGAUCUAGAAGGUACAAUAAUAAUGAUGUUGGACCAACAUCGAGAGAAGAUUAUAAUGGUGGUGAAGAUAGGAGAUCAAGACAACAAAAUGAUGAUGAUCCGGGCAAAAGGGAAGAAAAAAGAUCUAGAAGGCACAAUGAUGGCGACUUUGAGCCAUGUUCAGCAGAAGAUCAUCAUAGGAAGGAUGAAAAGAGAUCAAGAAGGCAUGGCGAUGAUGGUGAAUAUGGGCCUAGGUUAAAAGAAGAUAAGAGGGAUGAAAAUAGAUCAAAAGGUCAUGAUGAUGAUGAGUUUGAGCCAAGGCCUAAUGGAGAUCGCGACAGGAGAGGAGAAAAAAGAUCCUUAAGGAAUGAAUCAGAAUCCUAUCCAAGAGAAGAUCGUGAUAAGAGAGGUGCUGAGAAACGGUCAGGCUACAACAGGAAUUCAUCCUCCCAUCGACAUGGAGAGAGAUCUUAUCAUGAAGAUCAAGUCAGAUAAAUAAGAA